CCCCGCCUUGCUGCCGUUUGCCAGUGAGGUCCUUCCCAGGAAGCUAAAGCCGGUUUGGGGUGAGGUUGAGGCUCAUUUCAGCCGGCGGCAAGCAACGCACCCAGGCAGCCCUGGAAAUGGCCUCCGUCUCCGAGCUCGCCUGCAUCUACUCGGCCCUCAUCCUGCACGACGAUGAGGUCACGGUCACGGAGGAUAAAAUCAAUGCCCUCAUUAAAGCAGCAGGUGUAUAUGUUGAACCUUUCUGGCCUGGUCUCUUUGCAAAGGCACUGGCUAACAUUGACAUAGGAAGUCUCAUCUGCAAUGUAGGAGUUGGUGGAGCUUCCCCGGCAACUGGUGCUGCUCCUGCUGGGGGUGCUACCCCUGCUGCUAGUGCUGCCCCUGCUGAAGAAAAGAAAGAGGAAGUUAAGAAAGAAGAAUCAGAGGAAUCAGAUGAUGACAUGGGCUUUGGCCUAUUUGACUAACUAUCUCUUGUAACACAGCAAAUAAAUAAUUGAACCUUG